AUAUCGUACAUUAUUAUACAUAUAUAUAUACUAAAUUAUAUAUAUAUAUAUAUAAAUACAAUACAUAUUGAUGUUGUACUAUUCUACUUGUCUGCUCCUAAAUAAAUCUAUGUCUAUGUUUUUCUUCCGGUUACAUAAUCUUCAGCGUGCUGAAGAAAAUAAACGCAAAAAACGUAUUGAACGUCAACGUCAGAGACGUGGCGCUAAAGUUUUUCGAUGUGUUAGCGAUUCAACUGGUCAUUUAACAUUAGCGCCAUCGAGACUCUUUGAGAGGACUCCUAUGAGUCCAUCUGAUAGCUUGGAUGAAAUAGCAUUACAAAUACCAAGAGUUCGAGUAGAAUACUAUGUUAAUGAAAAUACAUUUAAAGAAAGACUGCAACUUUAUUUCAUUAAGAAUCAGAGAUCAAGCCUAAGAAUACGAAUAGCUGAUUUGUUUUUUAAAUUAUUAACAUGUGUUCUGUACAUAGUUCGUGUGAUAACAGAUAUAAACCCAACAUUUGCAACAUGUUCGGGUUGCUCACCCAAUAAUAAAUCGGAAUUUUUAGCAUCAGCAAAAUUAACUGAAGAAGCAUUUCAGGAAAAUCCUAUAAUUAAUUGGGAUGCAAUAUUAUGGGUUAAUCGACCAACCGUACUUUGGGCUGUACAAUUAAUUUUAGCAUUAGUUUCAUUAACCGAAGCACUUCUUUUAACAUAUCUAGGUUAUAAGGGUAAUAUAUGGCAACAAAUACUAUCAUUUCAUUUUAUAUUAGAAUUAGUAACGACAAUACCAUUUGCUCUUACGAUAUUAUGGCCGCCGUUAAGGAAUCUUUUCAUACCAGUUUUUCUAAAUUGCUGGCUAGCGAAAAGAUCAUUAGAAAAUAUGUUCAACGAUCUUCAUCGUGCCAUGCAAAAAUCUCAGUCAGCCUUAUCCCAGCAACUGACAAUAUUGUCAGCAACUUUAUUAUGUUUAGUGUUUACAAGUGUAUGCGGAAUUCAACAUUUCCAGCGGGCUGGACAUCGUCAUUUAAAUUUAUUCCAAAGUACAUAUUAUGUUGUUGUAACAUUUUCUACAGUUGGUUAUGGAGAUUUUGUUCCUGAUAUUUGGCCUUCACAACUUUAUAUGGUGAUAAUGAUUUGUGUAGCAUUAAUAGUAUUACCAACACAGUUUGAACAAUUAGCUUUUACGUGGAUGGAAAGACAAAAAUUAGGUGGCAGUUAUUCAUCCCAUAGAGCACAAAGUGAAAAACAUGUUGUUGUAUGUUCAACAACAUUACAUGCGGAUACAAUAAUGGACUUUUUAAAUGAAUUCUAUGCACAUCCGCUCUUACAAGACUAUUAUGUUGUUUUAUUAAGUCCUAUGGAAUUGGAUACAACAAUGCGAAUGAUAUUGCAAGUUCCUAUAUGGGCACAAAGAGUAAUAUAUAUUCAGGGAUCCUGUUUAAAAGAUGGUGAUUUAGCUAGAGCUAGAAUGAAUGAAGCUGAAGCAUGUUUUAUUUUAGCAGCACGUAAUUAUGCCGAUAAGACUGCAGCUGAUGAGCAUACAAUAUUAAGAUCAUGGGCUGUUAAAGAUUUUGCUCCUAAUGUUCCACAAUAUGUUCAAAUAUUUAGACCGGAACAUAAAUUACAUGUUAAAUUUGCUGAGCAUGUUGUAUGUGAAGAUGAAUUUAAAUAUGCUUUGCUUGCCAAUAAUUGUACAUGUCCUGGUGCUAGUACACUUGUUACAUUAUUAUUGCACACAUCAAGGGGCCAGGAAGGACAACAAUCCCCAGAAGAAUGGCAUCGACUUUAUGGAAAAUGUUCUGGAAAUGAAAUAUAUCAUAUAGUUUUAGGUGAUAGUAGAUUUUUUGGUGAAUAUGAAGGAAAAAGUUUUACGUAUGCUAGUUUUCAUUCUCAUAGAAAAUAUGGUGUAGCAUUAGUUGGUGUUAGACCAGCUGAAUUACCAGAAUUUUAUGAAGACACAAUAUUAUUAAAUCCGGGGCCACGUCAUAUCAUGAAAAAAGAUGAUACAUGCUAUUAUAUGAGUAUAACAAAAGAAGAGAAUUCUGCAUUUGUCGUUAAUCAAAAUCAGAAUUCAAGUACGGAACCGACAAAGGAUGGUAUUAGAACAACAAUAAACAACAACACCACCACCAUGACCACAGUGAAUCCACAAAUGGCACCAGUGCCGUCUGUAUGUGUUCGUGUGCCCCACAGCCCUAGUCCGAUAGAUUCUGGUCCGGGUACGCCAAUCAAAAGAGCACCAUCUGACAGUGAUUUAACAACAUUAUUCGUGCCAACUGAACCAACGGCUGUGAUAGUAUCUGAUUCGAAAACAAAUUUAAAAGAAACAACUUUAACAACAACGGCUGCUACAACACCAGCUACAACAAUAACCACAACGCCACAUGCAGCAACUGUUACGACAGGCAAUCAUUUAGAUGUACCACAACAAAGUAAUCCUAAUCUUUUAAGUCCAGAUGUAUUAAAUCAAAGACGAGGAAGUCGAAGACCAUCGAUAUUACCUGUACCAGACAUGUUUACAUCGUCUUCGUUUAGCAUAUCUGGUAAUGAAGAUGGUGAAGAAGGUGAUGAAAGUGAUGAUGAAUUAGAUGAUGAUGUACCAUGGCGGUCACCUUCUGAAAAAAUUGCAAUUGUCAAAGGAUUUCCACCCGUUUCCCCAUUUAUUGGUGUUAGCCCAACAUUAUGUUAUUUAUUAAAAGAAAAGAAACCAUUAUGUUGUCUACAAUUAGCACAAGUUUGUGAACAUUGCAGUUAUAGAAAUGCUAAAGAAUAUCAAUGGCAAAAUAAAACAAUUAUAUUAGCAGCUGAUUAUGCUUCAAAUGGAAUUUAUAAUUUUAUAAUACCGUUACGCGCACAUUUUCGAUCAAAGACUUCAUUAAAUCCAAUUAUACUUUUAUUAGAGAGAAGACCCGAUGUAGCAUUUUUAGACGCUAUUUCAUAUUUUCCAUUGGUUUAUUGGAUGCUAGGAUCAAUUGAUUGCCUUGAUGAUCUAUUACGUGCUGGUAUAACAUUAGCUGAAAGCGUUGUAGUUGUUAACAAAGAAUUAUCCAAUUCAGCUGAAGAGGAUUCAUUGUCUGAUUGUAAUACAAUCGUUGCUGUUCAAACUAUGUUUAAAUUUUUUCCAAGUAUCAAAAGUAUAACUGAACUAUCGCAAAGUUCAAAUAUGAGAUUCAUGCAAUUUAGAGCACAUGAUAAAUAUGCUUUACAUUUAAGUAAAAUGGAAAAGCGUGAAAAAGAACGAGGAUCUCAUAUAUCGUACAUGUUUCGUUUACCAUUUGCAGCUGGAGCUGUAUUUAGUGCAUCGAUGCUUGACACAUUAUUAUAUCAGGCUUUUGUUAAAGAUUAUGUGAUAACAUUUGUUCGAUUAUUAUUAGGUAUUGAUCAAGCACCUGGUAGUGGUUUCUUAACAUCGAUGCGAAUAACAAAAGAUGACAUGUGGAUUAGAACUUACGGUAGAUUAUAUCAAAAACUUUGCUCAACUACAUGUGAAAUACCAAUUGGAAUAUAUCGAACUCAGGAUACAUCUAGUUCGGAAGCAUCUCAUGUGAGUAAUUCACCUGUAGAGAAAUGGGGACCAUUUUCAGCUUUUGGAAAACACUGUGUGCGAUUGCGACCGUCGUACGAUGAGGAGGCUGGCACACCGGAUUCAACAAAGGAUAGUAGUACUGACGCUUUACGUGGUGUCACAUAUCGUCCAGUACAUCAUAAAUCUACAACAUGUUUGGGCGGUUGUUCAGAACGUAAAGGAUCAUCAUCUUCAAUGUUUUUUCAGUAUUCGAUCAAUAUGGCCGAUGAGGCACGUGAUAAUCAUGCACAGCAAAUUGAAAGAGCUGAAGUUGCUAAUUUAGUACGUAGUCGCAUGGAAUCAUUAAAUUUACCGACCAUUGACUAUGAUGAUGUCAGUGAAAAACGUAAUCAUUUAUCAUAUGUAAUCAUAAAUCCGAGCUGUGAUCUUAAAUUAGAAGAAGGAGAUAUAAUAUAUUUAGUAAGACCUUCACCAUUUUCAGCACAAAAAACUUUUGAACGUCAUAAUUCAAGAAGAAAAUCAAACAUAUCGUUUUGUUCGAAUAUUAAUUUAGGAGCUGCAAAUGUACCACCAGGUUCAAGACGUGGUUCCGGUUUAGGAAUUAAUCCAAUGCAAAGUGUACAAACAUUAGCUGGGUAUGGUACACCAAGAGGUACUCCGCCUAUAAACGCAAUUAAAUCCAAUUCUCUUUCUCUACCCGACAGCCCUACUGUUGUUGGUCAAACACGUGGAAGGAGUAAUUCAUUGAGGAUUGAUAGUGAUAUCCUUUUAAGAAGAUCUAGUUCAUUACGACAGGGCUUACCAAAUGUUGGUGUAUCUGGACGUCGAAAAUCAUCAUUAGAGGAAAUUGGUAUCAGUCAUUUUACAACACUGAUGCAAGCAACAAAUCAUACAAAUCCAAUUAAAAUAGCAUUAAAUGGUAGCAUAGGAUUAGAGGUUACUCCACCAGAAGAACCAACACCAAUAUUAGGUGUACCAGUACCAUGUAUUGGUGGAGUUAAUCCAUCUACAUUAGGUGGUAGUACAUUAGGUGGCUCUGCAUUAGGUAUAAAUACAGUCGAUAUGGGUGGAUCAUCAAUGCAACAGUUGAAUCAACCGGAACAACAAUCACAAUCAGCCGCUCCAUCACCACAACAUCUACAAGGAACAAUUGUAUGAUACAACCUAAUGUGGGGCCGCAGGCUCCGCUCAUCAAUAUCAAGUGAAUAUAAAAAACUAUCUAAGAAAUUUGGUGUAAACUAACUUCAUAAGUAUUAUAAAAAAAAAUUAAAAAUUUAUUGUACGCGUAUGGCCCUCCACGUAACGAAUAUUUUAAUACACCUAUUUUAAAAACAACAAAGACGUAAUGAAAAACGCUACAGAAGUUUCUUAUUCUUAACAGACUACAAACAAAAGAAGGACUUUCUCAAGAAUUCAAUCAACACUAAUUUGUAAAGUGAAUGAAUAUAAAUUUUUUGUCAUAGUAAUAUGGGACCGAAUGCAACCAGAAUUUGUUAAUAACGUUUGUAUUUUAAUUUGAUUCCAAUUACUAAAUAUUAUAGCAAUUUUUUUUUUCUAAUUUUCAUUAAAAAUAAUUUUUAUGUUUGAAAUUUCAUCCAAGAGUCCAAAAUUUUAGGUAUCUCCUUAUCAUCCAUAUAACGUUUGUAUUAUUGCAAUUUUAAAAAAUUUUGGUAUGUACAAAAAUAUUUUCCAGUCCAAUCACAAGUACAUACAAAUUUUUUCUCUUUUAACUAAAAUUAUAGUUACUUAAAUUGAACGUUUGAUUUUCUAUUGGUUCGAUGUCAAAUUCAAACAUAAAAAUUUUCUCCUUUUUCGAUCACAUUAAUUGUAUUAGCUAUAUCUACAUUUUGUUGCUCCUUUCCAUAGCAUCAAAUUUUAAUUUGUUUUGAGAUCCAAUACCAAAACCUAAAAAAUAAAAAUAAUAUAAAAAAAAAUUAAAUAAAUUAAAUAAUUGCAAUAUGUUAGGUUAGAAAAUAAUUUAUUAAAAAAAAAAUCAUAUUUACACAAAAUCUAAACCAAAAAAAAAAUACAUUAAAUUUGAAUCAAACUAAUUAAAAAACUAUUAAUACAAAAAUCUAAUAAAAUAAAAUGAAUAAAUAAAUACAAAAAUGAUUAUAAAAAAAAUACAAACGCUUUGGUAUACUGUGACGCUUUACUAAAAUUUAUAAAAAAAAAAACACAAAAUAUAUUUUAAAGAAAAAGAAUAUAAAAGUAAAUUAAAGUGAAAGAUUCGAAUUUGAAUUAUAAAUAUGUAAAUAAAAUUUCAAAAUAUUUAAUAUUUAUUAAACAUAUUAAAAUAAAUUAUGUAUGUAUAUAUUUUAUUUUAAAUUCAUAAUAAUAUCAGUUUUAUUAUAGAAUUAUUUAUUAUAACAGAAUAGUUAAUUAACAUAAAAAGAAAUUGACGCUUAAAUUAUUAUUUUUUUAUUAAAUUUUCAAUUUGUACACUUAAAAUUUCUAGAAAAUUUUAAUUAAAAUAUUUUUUAUUCUAUAAAAUAUAUUCUAUAAAAUAUAUUAUUUAUAUUAAUUAUUUCAUAAAUAUAUGUAAAUAUUUAAAUUUAAAAAUAAUUUAAAAUGAAUAAUAAGACCCAAAUUUUACGCCUUUACGAAAAAAAAUAACAUGAAAAAUAUUUUGGAAUACAUACAAUAUUUUUGUUGUUCUAUAUUAUGCAUUUUAACUAGAUUGCAAAUUAAAACUACUUGAUUAUUUAAAAAUAUUAAUUUUUUAAGAAUAUUUCAUAAAUUCUAACAAUUAUAAAUUUUAAAUUUCAAAUAAUAUGUAGAAUCAGUAGAGCUAAAAACAUUGAUCAAUUUCCUUUACACAACAAAAUUCCGAUACCAGUUCCAUUUAAACGCCAUAUAAAUUUGGAAUUUAUUUUUGAUUUGCUCUCUGAGCUUGAUGGCCUGAUAGAUAUAUAUGGCAUUAGAAAAUAUAGUUAUACGUUAAGUACAUAAAAUUCCAUAAAAAUUUAUUAUUUGUCAAAAUAAAGUCAGUUAUAAGUAGGUAAUGUAAGAUACUCGAGUUGCCCAUACUCACACAAAAGUUUGCCAACGGUUGCUCUACAUUAUCCUAAAUUUUACUUUUUUUUUCGUCAUAUCUUAUCGCAUCUUGGGAAUAAUAUUGAAACAUCUCUAAAUCUAAAGUUUCAAGUAAAUUGAAAAUUUAUGCUAUUUUUGUAGGGGAAAUUAAAGACCGAAACAUUUUGUUUUAUACUGGUAUUAAUUUUAAGGUUAUGCAAAAUAAAGAAAAUAAAACAAAAUAUUGCAGUGUUAUAUUCAAUAAAAAAAAAAGAAUAUAUUUUAUUUAAUUAUGUGUAAGAGUGCAAUAUUUUGAAUUUUUGCAGUUUAAAUCUGAAUUUCUUUUCAUUAAAUUGGUAUUAAUCGAAAUGUUGCUGCAACUGAUUCAAGAAAACUAUUUAUUAUUACUAUUUCAAUAUGUCGCGGUAUUUAAUUAAAAUAUUUUUUGAGUUUGGGUGAUAUCGCAAAAUAUCGCGGUAUUAAAUUUAACAAGCAACAAACUCUAAAAAAGAAAUUCGAAAACUGAACUUAAAAAAUUUCGGAUAAAAACGGUA